AUGGCUCAUCCAAAAUCUUCCAGGAGCAUGGUUCCACUGUACAUAAACUCUAUGUCCCAAUCUCGAUCCUUUAAUGAGCCUCAGGUCAUAGGGCAGUACAGACUCAUCAAAACCAUUGGUAAGGGUAAUUUUGCCAAAGUGAAGCUGGCCAGACAUUUCCCAACUGACAGACUGGUAGCAAUCAAAAUCAUUGACAAAACCAAAUUAAGCACAUCAUCUCUGGACAAGACAUCAUUAGCGUGGAAGCAUAUUAGCAUUCAAGCGCACCGACAGACAUGUAAACAAACUGAACAAAAGUACAGGGCAAGUAAACCAGUUUGGAUGCUAGCAUAG